GUUAUCUUUGAAGAGGAUUGCUGUGUUACUGCAACAGAGACAUACGUUUGAGGUAUCGACGCGAUCAGAUUUUUUAACUUAGUGGUGAUGUAUCGCUCUAGUGGUGCUUACCAUAACAGCAGAGCUGCUGGCUACACAGCUGGUUCAGGCCGAUCAAAUGAUUAUUCCGCAAAACCAGUUUCCUCGACAUCUUCGGUGUACUCCUAUAAACCAAGUUCUUCCUCAAUUCAACCGGGCACCUCCGCCACUACAAGUCUGACCGGCUCAAGAUCGCCGUCAGCGAGCUACAUUACAACAGGCGCCAACCGAUCGAGUGGUGAACUAUCUUCAGUUAAUCGGGAUGCAGACCCCUCGAGGUAAGUGCAGUUACCUUAUGCAGUGAAAUAUUUCCAUUUAGGACCAGCUUCAAGUACAUCAGUUUGAAUUUAUUUGGAGCCUGCAGCGAUUCAUUUAUGUUGCCUGAAAAAAGUAACUCCAAAAACUAACUUACGAUAUCACCUGGGAAAGAAAGUGAUAUGAUGCUUUUUUUUCUUCUCAACGCCUUUCUCCUCGAAAAUUUAUCUGCGAAAUUGGAAAAAAAUUAUAUUUUUGUCACUCUUUGAGUGAGAGGGUAAAACCAAACUCACUAGAUACCCUGACCAAUGACUAACACAAGAAAAUCGCCGAGAAUAAAACAACAGUUUUCAGAAUUUCGCCUUUAAGAGUGAAACUAAGAAACAUAUGAAAAUGAUCCACUGUAACAACUUCUCGAAUCAACCCACGUGUUAAACUAGUUCUGACUGAGAACCCACAUGCUAAGCUUUUUAAGAUAACUUAAUUUAGAAAUUCAGGACAAGCAAAAGAAAACAAUUCGAAAGCGACAUAUAAAAAGACUUCAAUUACUUUAAUACUAAUGAGUGAGAUUACAAGACAAUGUCGAAUAUAAUAAAUUCGCUUGAUGUUGGACCAGAAGCACGCCUCAGAUAUAAAAAUCAAUAGAAGAACAAUAUUACUGAGGAAUAAUAUUAUCUGAUCUAUAACAGGAUGAAUAGAACGUCUUGGAAAAUCGGGGAAGUGGGAGUACCGAAAAAUGAAACAGAAAUUAAACAAAAAACUGAUACUCUGAGAGAGAAUACUUUGUGAAUACGAAAAGAAAAUUAUUUCCCAUUUGGAUUAGAAAAAAAAUGCUGUACUUGCAGAGCGGAUGAACCAAUACAAGAUAAUUUGGAUUUAUCACCUGAGUUGAUUAUGCAAAUCGGCCACCCUAAAGAGUUUCUAAGCUGGCAUUUCGAGCGUUAGCCCCUCUUCAGAGCGAAUGGAGGAAUUUUGGGUUGUGUGUGUGUGUGUUUACACAUUACCUUUUGACCCGUCGAUGCAACGCCAGGGAAUUGUGGGUAGCUCUUUCCCUCUUUCAAAGGGACAAAAAAUAUUUGGAUUGGUAUUAGUUUGUAUGGAUGAAGAACAAAGUGGAACCUAUAUUUAAAUCAAAGCGGAUUAUCUGGUCUUUCUUUAGCAAUAUCGAGUUAAGUAAUAAAUCCCCAUCGAUUAAAAUUAACAUAGAAAAUUCCAUCCAUCUCUGAGGGCAAAACAAAAUACAAAAUCGGUAAACUUAUGAAAUUAAUGCACGAAUGGAUGUAACACGCUGGCUUUUGAACGCGUAGUAAAUGAAAUUCAUUGUACCAGGUCUAUGAAAAAAUUUUUAUAAGAAAUAUGUGGUUCAGAUUGUCCUCAAAUAAAUCUGUGUUUUUUAUUAUCACUGUUACAUCAGAUGGUACUCCGGGUCAGGAAGGACUUAUGACUCUAUCAGGUCAGCAGACGUCUCAGGAAAACCAGUCGUUUAUUCUUUGAGUAACACUUCUCAACCAAGUGCAGCCACCUACACUGGGAGUUCUACUCGCCCAGUCACAAGUACUGUUAGGUAAUUUUAUCUAGAACAGAUUUGGUUGAGUUCUGUUAGGGAAACGUGUCUCCCAUUAUUAAGAUUAGGAAAGCUCCUUUUAGAAGCACUAAUCAGCCAUAUACCAUUUUUGCGGGACUUAAGUAUAUACCAGCGGCCAUGAUUCAAACUACUCCUAAUUUCAACGGAUUAAGCUAUUGUGUUCAUGAGUUAAUUUUAGACUCGAUCGCCGCCGCUGUUCGGGUAAUGAGCCCGCGCUCCCUUUCCGAAGUCACAAAGAGACGAAGUUCCUUCCUGUUUGUCAACGGUUGUUUGCCCGACCAGUCAAUUUUCGACAGACAACUUGUUGAAAGACAAUGGGAGGUCGUUACUUUCUUAUUUCAGACCUGCUGGAUCUUAUGGUUCAGUGAGAGCAAGUGUUUCCAGCCAGCCUACAGAAUCAUCAGUAAGACUGAAAACUCAGCCCAUAUACACCUCUAGUUAUUCUCUCAAGCCAUUCACGGUGAAUUCCACUGCUACAAGCGGCGGUUCAGCGCAUUUCAGCACACCUGCUGGCACCGGGUCAACAAGUGUCCGCGAUACUUUUUCUGCCCGCGGAACUCCGAGGUAAGAACUUAUUUCGGUUACGUAAAAUCAUGGACCUCGAGCACGUUUCAGUUUUUUUGUAAAAUUAGUCGAUUCUCAGUGGAGAAUUUGUUGAACGACAAACGCAGAGCCAUUAAUUUCUUUUUCAGAACCAUUGCAAGUUAUGCAUCAGAGAGGGUAUCUGAAGCUAACCAGCCCACAAGAGAACCAAGGUAAACGCUUGAUUUCAGCUAUGUGCGAAUCAUGGAAUUGGGUGGUUUGUUUUUUAAACCCCUGUUCAACGUUUGCAUUUGCGCAGACAUAUAGACGCUACGUUUCACGCAUGCGCUCCUCUUCCUGCCCGGAUUGGAUAGAGUGAGAUAUCGAGCCUAAAUGUCCUCUAAUCCAAUCAGAUGCAAAACUAAAACUAAUGACGAAUUGGUGUCGUGUACUUUCCUGAAAAGAAAUAGUUUACAUUAAAUUGCCUUCAUUUAUUCCUAGCUCCUUUCUUAAGUUUUAUGAACAGUUGUGAUAACCUUAAAGACUACAACCUCCCCAAAAUAAGCAAGUCAAUCGGGAAGCACAUAGCUUUUGAAUUUUAAAGGAAGGAAAAAGGGGUGGACUGAGGGUAAAACAAUUAUAUGGAGGUCUGGGACUUUUUUCCCUUAAAAAUCGUACAUGCAGAGGCUCAGAUAUCACAAUCAUUUCUUAAUAUCAGAAUGCCCUCCAUAAGGAUGCCCUUUACUAUCUCAGAUUAAAGUUAAUUUGCCGAUCAGUAUUCCAAUCGUCCUAUGAAAGGACGAAAGUUAUUUUGAAAAGAAACUGCCGUUAAAGUAGUUUGAUUUUCUGAAUUGAUUUCAUCAUGCAAGGACGUCGUCUUAUACUGUACCGACACGGACAUAUGUCAAUACAAGGCCAACGGAAAGCAGGUCUGCCAGUUAUCAUUCAUCUUACCCGACGAGUUCAAGCCGACCAAUUACGAUAUCUAGCCGACCAAUCCCUUGUUAUGACCAACCAGUCAUGAGUUCUAGCCAACCAGAAACGAGUUCAAGCCGACCAAUUACGAGUCCUAGCCGACCAAUCACUAGCUAUACCCGACCAGUCACCAGUUCAAGCCGACCAAUCACGAGUUCUAGCCAACCAGUCACGAGUUCAACCCGAGUAGUCAGCUCUACAACUUUAACUGGCGCUCGAAAUGUAUCAUCAGCUGAUGGAAAUGCCAGGUUAGUCAAUACAAGUCAGGAAAAAGUCAACAGCCGAACAUAGAGGAAGCUUCGAUAGUAUGAUGCCUUCAGAUAUAGGAGUACCUUUCUAGCUCAAAAAUUUACUAAAAUUUUCCUCAACCUGAAUCAUAAGUUCCUUUUGGAAAAAAUCACGUCGAGAGAAAAUGAAAUACUUAGAUUAGUAUUUAGCUCAAAAAAUUAGUUUAUUGUGUGAACUCCAGCAAGUAAUAACAAUCUCUAGGUGGGGUUAACUGUCUCUCGGGAUAGAAAAUCGGAAGGAACAAGUCCGGCCCUAGGCGAUCACUCCAAUCUGCAAUCACUUCAAAAAAUUUCAUCGUGAAGCCCGUUGUGUUCAGAAAAACUUCAGAGGUAGUUAAAGAAAAAACAUCAGGCUUUUUGUUAAAAAAUCGUAUCACAAGUGUUCGAAGUAUAAAGGUUUUUUCGUUGGGCAGACGUUCAAGCCAGUGAAAGUGUUUGAUGUCGCCUACUAAAGCAAACGAAACAUCCCCCCUCCAGAGAUUUAACUUAAACUGUAAGAAACAACUUCGGCCGCAUUACGGGUACCAUAAAACCGCCAAUCUUCGUUGCAACAGAUAGUCACGCAGUCUUGGCGUAAACAACCCGCAAUGUCUAAACGGAGCGCUGUAUGGAGUGUCUGGCUAAAUAAAUGUUUCCCCAGAGCUGAAAUAAGAAGUUAAAAUUGAUUUUAUAUCAGUAACAAAACUGAUUCUGAACCAAUUCGAAUAAACGUAAAUAUUGUAAAUGUAUUGCACCUACUUUGAACUACGUACUUAUUGUUGCGUGAAAUUAAAAGAUGGUAUUUAAGUACGCAAUUGAUCUGCCGAGUGAGACAGCCGAUAGAAACAACUGCUCAUAAAAACAUUUUAAGAAGACCAGCUGUGUAUAAAAAAAUUGCUGCUGGGAAAAAAUUAUAUUGUAAAAUGACAACCUCCCGUGAAGGAAACAGAAACAUAAACAUAUCGGUAUUUUGAUGAACAAAACGAGACGUGAACAAUUUCAUCCGAAUAUUAUAAGAACAAAUUCGUUAUUACCAGAACGAUGACAACCUUCGCUCUCGUCCAACGCAAAAAUUCGUUCCGACAAACAGGGUAUUCAAGGUCACAAAAUUCAGAGGAGGACUUUAAGGAGCCAUCGAGAGGGGAACAUCAUCAAAAACUAAGGAAAAAAACGGAGAAAUUGAAUGAGGAUGAUUACGAGAUACUCCACACUUCACAGAUAGGUUUGGUCUUCCUAAAACCAUGCGUUCGAUUUUCCACCACAGUUUAUUUUCAUACCAAGAGUGAUCUAGGAUCUCCAGCACAAGACAGUAGGUGUGAUUUGGACUUUUUUUCCUCAUACUGAAUUUCAACUCAUCAUUGUAACUCUUCCUUCAUAAGCUUCCGGUUUGGCCGGAAUGCAUUUUUCACCCAUUUUAAAAUAUUCCUUUUCUAAAAAUUAGGAUUGUGACUUCACACUGAUAUCAAUUUGAAUGAAAUUGUGAUUAUUUUAUGGGGUUGUGUGUUGAGACCGUCCAUCGGUCUCCGUGACAAAACAACUGUGUUUGGGCUCUUCAUGGACUUAAAAUACUUAUCAUUAGCUCUGCGCAUUUAUGGAUAAGCAUUUGUCGGAUAGUUUUAUACCUGUUCAUCGGUGCCAGAAGUCAAGUUUAAGCUUUUGGCUGAAACGAUUUGAAGCUUUUAAGAAUACUUCAAACUCCUCAGAAUAAUGCAAAUCUAGUAAACAUGUUCUGUCAAUGAAAUCCUUUUGAAGUCCGUCGAAGCACUCGUACAGCUCUUUCUCUCGUUAAACAAACUUAACAAUCGACAAUCUUACGACCCUCUGAACUACAAGAUGAUGCAAAUCGAGUGGCUACUUCGGCGAGUUACAUAUUUUCAUUCUUGAGCUUCGAAAAAUCACUGGACGAGUUCGGACUAUUUUUGUGAAUAAAAAAAAUGUACGAAUGAACAAUCGACAGUAUGUUAUGUUGUAACUUCCGCUUGUAAAUUGCUGGCUUAGUCUAUGAUGCACAUAAUUUUCGCAAUCACAAUAAUAUUGGCUGGUUACCUACCUGCAAAGUAUUAUGACGACCUCUAGCCGAGGAAAUAAUGUCGUACAAGACGCUAAUUUCUCAUGUGCAGCGUCUCAAGUCCCAAUAAAUACUUAAAAUUUAUAAUAUUUGCUCAAGAGCAAACUGUUUCUAAACAAAACAAAAAAAAGGGUCCCGCCCUAAGGACAUGUUGGAAAGGGAUAACUUAAGUAGCGUAUCUUAACAACCAGAUAGGAAAGAGGUAUACUCUUGUGUUACUUAAGUUACAGUCAACCAUAAUUUGAGAUGAACCAAAGAAGAGUUUAACCGAUCUGUCUUCAAAAAAAUUCACCUAUGAUCUCAGCCGCUUUAUUAACCAUUGUUUAAUUUGGGAACAAAGGGUGUGAGUCAGUCACACAUACGACAUAUAUGAUUAACCUCUACUCAUGGCAAUUUUCAGGGACGAGGCCGAACGAGUUAGAUGUGGUAGGCUAGGCGAAGGAGUCAGCGGUCGUGCAAUAGUGAUCUCCGAUAGAGAAUUUCGCAACAACAACAAGGCCCUGACAACAUCAAAUCAUCAAAAACAUGGUACGGAUAAAAAUAGUUUCAUUUAAUCUGUUUGUUUAUUUUUCACUGGGCCAAAAUAUUCAUAGAUGCGGGUAAAACCCAGUUUGUCAUUCAAAACACAUAUGACUGUGUUUUUAUUCAAACCUCAGGUAAUUUCUCUCUUUGGAGGAUGAAUCCAAACGUUUUUAAGGUGCACUAAACAACCUGUCGGAACGAUCAUCAACUGAUAUAAACUAUCAUAUAACAACUCUUUACUAAGUAACCGUGUAGGGCAGUAAGGAAUAUACAUUUACGUGUCCAGUGGCGAAAAUGCAACCCCAUUAUAGUUUUUCCAGUGGUGAAAAUGCAACCCCAGUAUAGUCAGUCCAGUGGUGAAAAUGCAGCCCCAUUAUAGUCAGUCCAGUGGUGAAAAUGCAGCCCCAUUAUAGUCAGUCCAGUCGUGAAAGUGCAGCCCCAUCAUAGUCAAGUCCAGCAGUGAAAAUGCAACCCCAUCUAGCGGCACAUUAGUCUGUCACGAGGAAGUGCCCCUCCAGACUUUCAAUUAACUUCUAAAAUGUAUCUUUUCAGCUGAGCAACUGACAACAAAGAAUAUUGACCUGCACAAGGACGAGAAUCGAAGCAAUCACUACACUGACAAGUACGAACACACAAACUUGAUUGUGAGGAGAGGCCAGGAUUUUGACGUCACUGUGAUAUUCAACAGGCCUUAUGAUGCCUCAAAAGACACAGUGACCUUACAAUUUGCAGUCGGUAAGUUUAACAGAUACGAAAUAUUUCUUCCACACAGUGAAACUUCAAUAAAGCUGAAUACUGAGAGCAAAUCCAGUUUCAGAAAAUCUCGUGGUAAUAGGGUCUCAGUUUAUCACUUGAAGGUCUUUGCGUGGUCGAUGUGGAAAACUAAUCAAACUGAUCUAAAUGUAUAAAUAAAAGGGGUAAGUUUCUAAAGAAUUUGUGGCGCUGCAUCGGUGGGGGAGUAUAAAAUGAAAAUUUGGUUUUAUCAGUUGAGUUGAGAAUGUAAAUUGGCAACCUUAAAGACUUUCUAAAACUGAUGUUUUCAAGCGUUUGCCCUUCGUCAGCGCGGAUGAUCUAAUCAUAAAGGGGUAAGUUUCUAAAGAAACUGUGGUGCUGCGUCGGUGGGAGAGUAUAGCAGGUAAUUUAGUGUUAACAACUGGGUUGAAAACGUAAAUUAGCCACCGUAAAGGGUAAAAAAGCUGACGUUUCGAGCGUUAGCCCUUCGUCAGAGCGAUUCAUCGCUCUGACGAAGGGCUAACGCUCGAAACGUCAGCUUUUUUACCCUUUACGGUGGCUAAUUUACGUUUUCAACCCAGUUGUUAACACUAAAUUACCUGAUCUAAUCAUAGCACACCAACUGUAAGAGAAGGGAGCUGUAAUUUAAAUUAUUGGAUCAAGUGACAUCAAUCACUGGUGAGCCUCAGAAUGGACUAAGAGAGACUAGUACUGACUGCACAGUCAAAAUGAAAAACAAAAUGAAAUUAAAGAAAACAAGAAGAAAACAAAGGAACAGUAGCACACUACUUUGUUCCAUAGGUACCCGAAAAGCUCAACUAAUCCUGCAGACCCGCAACAAAUAAAAAUAAAAAUUGACCAAAUUCCCGAGUUCCACAUUCCACUCUUCAAAUCAACCAUUUAUUGUCGGAAUAAAUUCUUUUUGGUCUUUUUACUCAGAAACUUCCUUUAAUCCUUUAGGAUAUCGACCACAAGAAAGUAAAGGAACCAUUAUCAGGGUGCCAGUGAGUCUGACCAGAGAUUAUGUGUACGGCGCAUGGUCAGCAAAGAUAAUGCAGACCAAUCAAGAAAGUGUGCGCCUUCAAAUAACGUCGCCAGCGGACGCCGUCGUGGGUAGAUGCCACUUUUAUGUGGAAACCAAGACCAGUGUACCGGGUGUAGAAAAAGAAACAGAUUUUCGUUACCAGCAUCCGGAAGAAAUCAUUAUGCUGUUUAACCCAUGGUGUAAAGGUGAGUACCUGAAACAUAUUGUUGUGUUGAAUAUUCGAUAGUUUUUUUUCUUCCUAAAUUGUUGAAAAAUAAAGAAAACUUCAGAUAAUCUGAUGAAAAUAUGUAAAUAGAUUUAUAAAUAUAUAAAUACGCAGUCGCUUCAGAAUUCGCAUUUUUAAGAGUUCCUCAGGUAAAAUUGCAUCUCUUUCCUUAACCUUGAAUGAAAUAAAAAAAAAACAUAAUACUGUCAAUCAUAAUUUAACCUUAUACACUCUAUAUGCGAAAAACAUUUGUGUAGCUCCUUCAUAAUAGCUUUACACGGGUUCCACAGUAAAAACGUUUCAUGCAACUUUUCAAUUUUCGAGGGAUUUAGAGCCAUCUCUGCGCUAACGAAAAUUGCCAGGAACUGGACUUUGCUGUGUACCUUCAGCUGUUUGCGCACAAAAACGAAGACGUUUGCAUUUUGUGGUUAAUAGGUGUUUUUCUAUUUUUCGCUGGGGAGCAAAAUCAAACCUGAAUUUCGCCGUUCGCGUUUGUUAGGGACUUGCUUCUUAGAUAUCCAUAUAUAUCUCAUUCCCUGAUUGAUUAGGCCAAAGUCUGUUCUCAUUUAGUGGCCAUGACUGAGUUCAAUUAUGAUUUGGAUCAUGUGCGCAUUAAAUGAAAACCCUUGUUAUGUCUUCAUCCCGCUUACAAGAUGACACAGUGUAUCUGGACCAACAAACCUCACGCGAGGAAUACGUGCUGAAUGACAGUGGGCUCAUAUGGAUGGGAACUGCCAAGAGGAACCGAGGGAUGCCAUGGAACUUUGGCCAGGUCAGUGAAUUAAGUGCGUACUGUAAGAAUUAGUACAAUUAGUUUUUAUCGUACAAAGACUAAUACUCAGGGCGCGAGCAUUUUGCGGCCUGAAACCAUUUAGCCCAACGGCUCCCACAAAAAAAAAAAAAUUUUUUAGCAUCUCUCACUUGUAUUCUCUCCGUCCCUUUCGUGAUGACUUCAGUAAUUAGACGUUUUUAUUUCCUUGGUUUUUCAGUUUGAGGAUGUAUCAUUGAACACGUGUUUGUGGCUUCUAGAACGAGGGCAGCUCGGAACAGCUGCGCGUGCAAAUCCUGUCAGGGUCACCCGCUGUAUCUCUGCCAUGGUAAGAGUGAGUCAAUUGAUGGGGUGACUUUUACCUGAAUUUCCAAGGAAGUCCAGUUUAUGUAUUUUUGAAAAAGUAAUGAAUUUCAUUGGUCCAAAUAUGUAGGCAAACUUCAAUGAUCAAGAUGGUGGUGUUCUUUUCGGUCGCUGGGACAACGACUAUCCCAAAGACACGACUGCUCCAACAGCAUGGUCCGGCAGUGUCGCCAUUCUGGAAAAAUUUUGGCAGAAGAAGAUUGUUGUCAAGUUUGCUCAGUGCUGGGUCUUUUCAGGGCUCGUUACAACAUGUACGUGCUCUUUUCCACAUAACAGGCAGUUAUCUCAUCAUAUCACAAUGCUCCUCGUAUCGUGUGGGAAAAACAUACGUGCUGUUUUCCUAUGCCGUAUGUUUUCAAGGCUCCAACUUUGCCAGCGUUAUCUGCAUGCGGCAUAAUUCCAAAACUAUCGUGUAUUUUCUUUAUUAACGACUCAAAGACUGCAUUCAGUCAGCUGUGGAUGAUGUUGUACUAUCGUAAAGAAACUCGAUUUAAUUAAUCUUCAGUAUGACAUGCUCAUUUGUAAAAAGCGUUCAGACGCAUAGACGAAAAAUCUCUAUCUUCUUCUCUAGACUUGUUGGGAGAUGGGUUCCAGGUGUUUGCUAGUAAACGUAUAAUGCAUAUUUAGAAUUUCUAAGUGUCCUUACUGUUGUCUUGCCAGUGUUGAGGGCGAUAGGCAUACCAACGCGAUCAGUAACAAACUUCGCCUCGGCGCAUGACUCAGAUGCCAGCAUGACUGUCGACUUCCAUUUUGACGAGAAAGGGAAGCCACUAAAGGAUAUGGACGAUUCUGUUUGGUGAGAGGAUAUACUGUAAAAUAUUCCAUAUCGGUUCGGAGAAAAGUUCAGUAGUGCAGAAAAGCGUGGUUUACACCUCACUAUGAAUGUUGAAUCACUAUAAAUGUUGAAUUAUUGAGUGCAGAAGAGUGUUUUCAUACCACCAACUCUUGCACUAAACCCAUUGCAGUAGCAUCCAACUUUUUUUCAAGCAACUAUCUCGUUUUACGAAUAUGGUCGAAUAUAGUCGAGAGUUUUAUGAAUUAAAACUACUGAUAAUAUUAAAAGCUGCCGCCCCUUUGUCUUAUAUAUUACGUCCCAGAUUUUACUGAUAAACAACCCAAGAUAUUUGUUUCUUUGGAAGGGUACAUUAGCCCCUAUAAAUGGAAGAAAUGCGAUUGUAAAUUACGACGCGUAAUCUGUUUGUUAACAGGAAUUUCCAUGUGUGGAACGAAUCAUGGUUCAAGCGACCUGAUUUACUAGAUGGUCAUGAUGGAUGGCAGGCGCAUGAUGCCACACCCCAAGAGACAAGCUUUGGUGAGAAGCUUCAUUUAAUCUUAGAAUUCAGGAAAAGCUAAAACGUCUUUUUUCCUAAUAUCGGGUUUCCUUCAAUUCGGUAGAAUUCUGAUAUCAGAAACAAUAGUGGAAUGUGGAAUAGAAGAUCAAUAUGAUCAAUUCAUUUUACAAACUGGAAAAAGAAACGUGGCUUUUUGAACAGGGCUGGAUGCAAAGCCGUUAAAAUAAACGCUCUCUUCACUAUAGACGAAAAUUAGUAGGAACAUUUAUUACACAAUUGAGUGGCUCAGGAAAAUUACAUUUCGGGGCUCUUUGAUCAACCUACUAUUUUUUAGAGGGAAACGCGGGACAAAAAGCUAAAUGAUGGGAAGCAAAAAGUCCAUGUAACUACGUUUUUGUCACAGGCAUAAUUUUUCAUGUUUCUUAACCAAUUUACGUUUAGGAGUGUUUCGGUGUGGCCCUGCCUCAGUGAAGGCCAUCAAACAAGGUGAAGUCUAUUUGCCCUUCGACUCUUCCUUCGUGUUCGCUGAGGUAAAUGGUGACCGCGUGUUUUGGGAAGUUGGAGAGAAUGGAUCCAUGAAAGUGAUAAGAAUAGACAAGAAGUGCAUUGGAAAGAUGAUAAGUACCAAAGCUGUUGGUAGUGAUGAUAGGGAUGAUGUCACUCACCAAUAUAAACAUCCUGAAGGUAAAGUUCUCUAAACAUAUGUCUGGCCAAGAGGGAAUGAGUCUGUUUUGGUAUGGCUUUUAGCGGCUGAAGUAACACUUUUAAAUUGGUGUUUUGAUGAUAACGAUGACGAUUUGGCCUGGGUAUUAUUUAAAAAAAUGGGAGUAAAGUCUGAUUUAUUAGCUUCGGAGGAUUUUCUCGGGCACUCAAUCAUUUUUCAUGGUGGGUCCGGCUGACAUUUUGCCAAAAUACAUUCUAGGGGCUCAGAGAUUCGCAUAACGUGGUUUGGUUUCUGUAAUCAGUAUGCGCACAUCAUUUCUUAAGGUUUAUUUUUUGUAAUUAAGGGUUUCUCGAUUGGAAGAGAGUAAAAUGAAAUAGCUAGCAGGAGAUUCACUGAUGUCAUUACUUCGUUACCCAAUUAACGAAUGGAGGAUUUGCGAGAUGAGGCAAUAGAACAAGAGAACGUUCGACUGUAAAAAAAACUAGGUAGCAUUUCAUCAAAUUAUUAGGUAGGCAACCUAUUGGUGCUGUUUUCCCCCGAACUCUUUGGCGCUAAGUUGCCGUCACCUAAUUUUGACGUGCCCAUUUGUAACAGGAAUGACUCGUUAUUCUGCCGUUUACUUGAAAAGAACAAUUUAUUGAUAAGUCAUUGUUCUACCUCAUUUACCAUUUCAAACGUAAUUAGGUUCCGUCCAGGAGCGCAGAGCUGUGGAAAUGGCAUACAAGUACAGCAGCCGCAAGGAUCAAGCUAUUUACGGACUACCCACGGAGGACGUCAAGUUCUCGUUCGAAAUGCCGGAUGAUGUGCCCAUAGGAAAGGAUGUAAGUGUGUCACUGAAGAUGAAAAACACCACUUACAAAAGUCGCACAGUCGGGGGAAAGAUCACUGCCAUGAUUGGAUUCUACACAGGAAUUUCUUGUGAAGAUUUGAAAGAGGAAGACUUUGAGAUCACUUUAGACCCGUGGGAAGGUAAGUGGCGAAUAUAUCUUUGUACUUGAAUUCCUUGCUGAGACAAAAGUUUCUGUCUCCUGAUCGCUUUACCGGUCAUUCACUCUGUUGUAGAGAGGAGCUUUGUCGUGGAUAUUCCUGCGGCUCUGUAUCUUGACAAAUGUAAAGCCGAUGGAGGUUUAAAGAUCUAUGUCAAAGCGACAGUGAAAGAGAGUGAGCAGAGAUUCGCUUCGUAUGACACGAUUGAUUUCCAGAAACCGCACAUAAACAUGGAGGUAUGUUAACUCCCAAAUGACUUGAACCGACCCCAAACUCUAAGCAAUGAAUUUUGUGGCCGUGACCGGGAUAUUUGGUGCACUGAAAAGUAUUUAAAAAGCUUCCUAAAUUUGCGGGGACGUCCUUGGGUGAGACACUAACGGUGGUAAACAUGGAGACUUCUCCACUCACACUUGUACAGCCCGUCAAUCUGUAUGACCUUUUUCUAUAUGCAAGCUUGGAUCGAGUUAGGCACCCUUACAUAUUGUAAAAUAGGAUGGAUUCGAAGCGAUCUGUGAUCGACUCGUUGCAUACCUAUUACUGUAUACAUGUGCGCAUGACGUUGUUAUUAAUAUGUUUGGCCAAUCAUAUUGCGUACAAGUAUGAAAAAAAAGCAAGAUCUGAAAAGUCACAUUCAGGAACUGUUUACUGACAAAAGGAAAAAAAUAAGAGCAAGAUAUAAAGGGAAUUUCAGUUUGCGGCCAUAAAAAGUGCUUUAACUGGUACAAUUUCUAAUCGACGAGUGUUGCGAGGCAGUGCAGUAAUUUUGUCUGUUUCAUUUAAUUAUAACGGACGGCUGAUCUUAGCUGUAUUCACGGUUUUACCCCCAGGGUUAUUAAUUUUGAAUAGUUAAUGCAAUUUCAAGAUUAUCUUAUUUUGAUAUCCUUUCAGAUCACUCGGGGCGAGGCCAGGGUAGGCCAAGACUUUGAGGUCAAGGUUUCCUUUGUAAAUCCUUUGCCAGUCAGAAUCAGUGGAGGAAAAUGGUACAUUGAGACAUCGGGUGCCAACCCAAAAUCUAAAGAAAUUCCUAAUUCGUAAGUAUUCUCCGUGAAGUUCACAGCCGUACGAAAGACAAUUUGUACUACUCGACACGUUUGAGCCUGUAGCGAGGUGAAGCAUAUUACCAUCCUCUUUGACGAAUUUACCAUGAUAAAAACCUUCCAGGCCUUGAAUUCGAUGCAAUUGCUCUGUCACUGUGGUUGGAGCCUGCUUCUUCCGAUCCAUUUCCAUUAGAGUAGAACGUUUUAAAGACACUCUUUAGCCGACUUUACUUGCCCCGUUGCUUUGCAAAAGCCAUCAUUCGCUGGCCCAGGUGUCUUUUUCUAGGUGUUUUUCUUGGGAUAAUUUGAACCCAAGGUUGGUUGUAAUCGAAUAUCUUAAACUCUCUAUAGAAAUUAAAAGAGAAUUGUUAAAGUUAAAAGUAAAACUAUUCAGUUUUUUUUCUUUUAUUUCAGUGCAAUUGUGCCAGAAGGAAAAGAGGCUCAAGCAACUUUCAAACUGACGCCUUACCGCGUGGGAGUGUGCCGGGUAUCUGUUACUUUCAGGGCUGACAUGCUCAGUGGAGUCUAUGGGAUGAGUGGUGUACGCGUCAGAGAAUAAACAAACCAAAACAAAAGCAAAAAGGGAAAAAAGUUGGGAACUCUACCUUAUGAUGUGACUCAACAAGCAAACCUGCCGCAUAAGCCCGUAGGAUGUGAAACAUUUGAAAAGCUAUUGAUGAUGUAAAGGGAGUUGAGACAGCUAAGUUUUUUUUAUAGAACGAUGCAAUGUUUAAAUUUUGAAAAGGAAAAGUUCAACUUUCAGUUAUAGAGGGGGCAAUAGGAAGAUUAGAUUAACAGAUCAAAUUAUAAAUGGAGUGGAUUGAGAAAAUCCGGCGGUAAAAGCCAUAAAUGUUUAUGAAUUUAUUUCAAAAUUUUAAGAAAACAGCUCAUGGUUUUUGCACGUUAUAGAAGCGUAUUCGAACGGAAGUCAAGUAUUUCUACACCAGUGUAAAUAGGCGAAAUAAAGGAAUAUACACAAUUUAUUGGGGAAAAAGAAACUGCUCGUGUAUUUGUUAUUAAUAUUUGACGCUACCAAAGACGUUGAUAAAUUGAUUAAAGAUAAUUUAAGGAGCUACGUGGUUAUUUUUUUUUCUGGUCUAACGCAAGAUUAACUGAAAAGGUUCUCCAGUUGGGGCCGACCCCGUUGAGACUAUCUUAAUGCAAUGCAAUUGUCUGAUGACUGAAAAUCGAGUAGUUAAGAUCACAGAUUUUAUGACCAGUUAAAUCGAUAUGGCGCACUUUAUUCGUGACUUUGGCAAAAUUUGCAACUACCAUGUUUUGUUUUCCAGGGCUAAAUUCUUGAUUGAUCAGCGUCACUUAGUCUCAAAAUUCAUACCCAUUGGUCACGUAUCUAAAAUAACUGUUUUUGGAAUCGCAAAAUUAUUAUUAUUAUUAGAAGUGAAGCAGGUAAAAAGAUUCAUAGAUAAACAAAUAAAUAAAUAGAUAUGAGAAUAAGUUAAUAAAAAUAGGCAAGGGAG